GUAGAGAGAGAGAGAGUCUUCGUCUUCGAUAGAUUAUUACAUUCUCUAGUCUCUGAGUCAGAAAAGUAGUUCGGAUUCAAUUGGUCAGAAGCAGCAGCAGCUUAAUCAAACACGUAGUGAAGAAGGAAUCGCUUUCAUCUUCUUCUUCUUCUUCAGUAAUUAGGUUUUCUAAUUGGAUCGAUCAUGGCCGUGCAUUUGUUGAAGAUGAAGAGGAAAGACAUUGAAAAUAUUAACGAUGACUUCUCUGAUUUCUCCCUCUAUUCACCUGCUACAAAGAUCAGAAGAUUGGAUGCUGAUCUUCCACCUAUAAUCGAAGAAGAUGAGCCAGACUUUCCGUCGUGGAUCAAUCGUCCGGAUGAUGCUACUACCUUCGGCGGCGGUGGCGUUGAUAACCUUACGAGUAAUAUUAAGCCGGUAAUGUCUGAGAAUGUUGACGGAGGAGGAGGAGGAGAUAUUGUUCUGUUCAAUAUUAUAACAACAACAACAACACCAUUGCCGCUAUCUUCUUCGCGUUUUUCUAUUGAUUCUGAUAUUCUAUCACAAAUUAAAAAAGAUAUACUUAGUAGUACAAAACACUCUAGCUUGGUAAAAUCAUCAUCAGAAGAUGAUGAUGAUGAUGAUGAUGAUGAAGGAAGGAAGAACACAAGAAGAAACGAAUGUCUAGCGGUUGUACCCUGGAAUCCAUCGUUACAGAAGCUUCCUUGUACUAGUAAUAUGCAAGGUGAAAUGGAGGAGGAUGAGCAGAUGGGAGAAGCAACAUUAAUGGAGAUUGAAGAAGAUAACAGCCAGCAGCAGCAGAUGAAUGACAACUUGCAACAACAACAACAACAACAACAACAGUACUGUAUGAUGAUUCCUCAGUACAGCAGCCAGAUGAAUGAUAACUUUCUACAGUGGCAACAACAACAACAACAGUAUCAGCAGCAGCAGCAGCAACAACAGUUGUGUAUGAUGAAUAAUAAUCAGCAGCCCCAGCAAAGUUCAUCGGUUCCUCUCAUGCAGAUGCAGUAUCAAUGGUGGUAACUGGUAACAUUGUUCUUAAUUUUCUAACAUAGAUAUUGGGUAGUAUAAGUAGGAAUUUUUGGUUAAGUCAUCAUGAGCAAGCAAGCAACCUGUGUUGAUUCUUGUCAAUGGAGGAGGAUCGACCUCUUCUUUCUUCUCUAGUUAUAAAUGUCACUACUAUUGUCUACUGCCUCAUUGAAGCUAUUAUACUAAUUAUCGACCUCCUUGAAGAACAAGAAGAAGAAGAUGAAGGGGUUGAUGUUCUCCAUUUAACAACCACCAAAGAGAUGUAUUUUUUUUUUAUAAG